AUGAAGUGGUUUUUGUGCCUGAUAGGUACAAUCUUUCUGUGUUUGCAGAGCCACGUGAAAGCAGGUAUGUCCAUAACCUCACAAAUAAUAAAUGUGCACAAAUUAGUCUCUUGUAACAGGAUUAUUUUUAGGACAACAGAUUGUAAACUAAUGGAAAAUCUUUGUGUUUAGAGUCAAAUUUGAGCAGAAGUUUGAUUGAAAAAGCUGUGGAUGAAGCCAAGGCCACAGUGGACUCUGCUUAUGAGUACUCCAGGAGACAGUAAGUGUUACUCUGCUGCUCACAUCUGCAGUCGUGCAAAGUUUCAAGUGUGCCCGUGAACAUAAACUGCAUUUAAAAUGCAUUGAUUCUCUUUAAUUUCACCUCUCCUCACAACUUAGGAGCAUUGAGCGUGUCAGGAGGAAUGCAGCGAACCCUUCAGACGUCCUGCGGUUGUUGAAACAGCCUGUUGGGCCGACCCGUCUUGCUGUGCGAGCUGCUGACUAUAUGGAUAACGCUGUGAAACUGAUCAGGAGUUCUUUGGAAAGGCGUCAGAAACGCUCCAUCAACGCCACAGGUGUUUGUUCAAAACAGGUUCUUCGCAUUUUCAUUGCAGGUUGACUUUAAAUCAAAGCUGAGCUGUCUUGCUUCUGUCACCAGACCUGAUCUCUGAGGAGGAUCUGCAGCUCAUCUCUGAACUGACAGGCUGCUCUGCAAGACAGCGACCCCCCUACUGCAGGACGACCCCGAAUUUAGAAAAGUUUCGUACAGCAAGUAGCAUCUGCAACAACAGGUGAGGGCCCGGCUUAAAACCAAAUUUGAAAAGGCAUCUUUUUAAAGUUACUGCCCUUUUAUAAACUUAAUAAUGUCACUGAAAUGUGUCACAGAGAGGUCUUACCAAGUUUAUUAACUGGGCAUUUUGAAAGUUUGAUAUUCCCUGAGCCUUAAAAGUAGAUGCUGACAAAGAUUGAAACUUCUGAUGAACAAGAAACCAGUCCUCUUUGCGUUUCGUUUUAAGUGGAAAAGUAUUUGAAUGGGAGGGGAAAGGUGCUCGCAUUCCUUCAAAGAAAUGUUGGCUGUGGUUUUAGUCAGUCAGUGGUACAAAUGCGGUCCCUCCAUAUUUAAAACAAAAGAAAGAAUAAUAAAGGAAGUUAUUUUCCUGUGCAGAAAAAACAGCCGCUGGGGAUCCUCCAACACGCCUUUUACGCGUUGGCUUCCUGCCGAGUACCAGGAUGAUAUAUCUCUGCCCAAGGGCUGGGACCUGGAACUGAGAGUCAACAGACGACUCCUCCCUUUGGUACUGCUUAUUAGUAAAUAUACAUAUUUACUGUAAAUAUUAUAUGAAGUUAUUGUUCUCCACCUCUUCAGGAGACUAAGAAAUGUCACAGAAUUGAAGAUUUUACGUUCAAAUACAUCGUACUGAAUUUUCUUCAUCCUGCCUCCAGGUGAGAGAAGUGUCCAACCGUAUUCUGAGUACAGCGAACGCUGAUGUGGAGAGUGAUCCACUUUACACUCACCUGGUGACCAUUUUUGGCCAGUGGACCGACCACGAUCUGACGUUUACCCCUCACUCUCCUGUUAUCCGCUCGUUCAGUAAUGGCAUCGACUGUGACAAGAGCUGUGAACGCACCGAGCCGUGCUUUCCCAUUCAGGUCUGUAUUUAUUUAUUUAUGAAUCUCCUAUUUUACUUCUAACUCAGCCUUUAAAUGUCCGUUUUCCAUCGGGUAGUGUUGUGUCUGCACCAUAGACUGCAUAUAGAAUGGACGCCGUCUGCCUCCUCGCUGGGCGAAGCCACUCCGAGAACAGCGCCCUCUUGUGACGGCUGCAGUAUAGAUCAUAAAUCCCGCCUCCUCCAGCAAUCCCUAUGGAGACACGAUCAGUUUGUCCUCCAUUUUAGAUAUCAGUGAACAGCCGUUAGCUUUUAUACGUCACCCGGCAACCGUUAUGCUGAUUCGUUAUCGUGACGCAAAUUCGCUCAAGUUGAGACAUUUUCAGCUCCCGCCCAAUUCGCGUCAGAGUAGUAUGAGCGUCUUAUCGCAUCUUUACAUUGACUUAGCAUGUAAUUCUUUUUAUGGGACAUACUUGAAUCUACAGCGAGACAAACCAAGUUCUAACUUUCUUUUUCUUUCGCUGACAGAUCCCAGAGAAUGACCCCCGCCUUGAGAGGCACUCAGAGGAGUGCAUCCCUUUCUUCCGCUCGACAGCAGCUUGUGGUUCUGGCAACACCGGCCACCUCUUUGGUGCGAGCACUGUCCGCCAACAGAUGAACACUCUGACAUCUUUCAUCGAUUUGGGUCAGGUGUACGGUUCAGAUGACGCCAAAGCGCGGUUUUUACGCAACCUCACCACGGACGCGGGUUUGCUGAGAGUCAAUACAGAGUUCACUGAUGACGGACGAGAGCUCCUUCCUUUCACUAACAUGAGCGCCAACAUGUGUGCCACCAGAGCUCGAAUCACCAACGAUGUCAGUGUGGCGGAGGUACCCUGCUUCCUGGCUGGUAAACGACUGACUGCAAGUGUUUGGCAGUCCUUUUACUUCUGUUGUCUUUCAAUUCAGUUUUGUCAUUUGUCAUUUGCACGUCUUGAAUGUGACAACCGUGACACCGACAGAUGUCUGAUUUAUAUUUCAGGUGAUGAGCGCUCCAAUGAAAACAUCGGUCUGUCAUCUCUGCACACUCUUUUACUGCGUGAGCACAACCGCCUGGCUCGUGCUCUAGCUAAACUCAACCCUCACUGGAACGGGGAGAGACUCUACCAAGAGGCACGCAAGAUCAUGGGCGCGUACUUCCAGGUGAGAGACGGCGAAGCAACAUGGGUUACAUAACGAACAAAUGGUGCUGUUGUGUUCACUCACUUUCCUUUUUGUGUAUCAGGUUAUCACUUUCCGAGAUUACUUACUCCACAUCGUUGGACCAGAUGUCGUUGCUAAACAGCUCUCCACCUACCCCGGCUAUGAUGAGAACGUGGAUCCCAGCAUCUCGAACGUAUUUGCCACAGCUGCCUACAGGUUUGCACAUCUGAUGGUUCAGCCGUUCAUGUUUCGCCUUGAUGAAGAGUACAACGAACACCCUGAGUUCCCGAGCCCACUGCUGCACAAAGCCUUCUUUACUCCAUGGAGGAUCCUCUUUGAAGGUACGACUGAGAUCUUCAACUUUUGAUCUAAUGUGAGCACAACAAGUUGAGACAAAACGAUGUACAUCUUCAGGCAGUGAAGGUUAAUAUUUCAGGGUAUCUGGUUUAGCCAGCUUUCACCAAGCUCUGAGGAAGAAUGCUUCCCAAGACUUCAGACUCUCUUUUCACGGCUUUGACUGUGAUUACUCUUGGUGGAGGUUCAUUACCAAAGUUUAUAUCCAUCCAUCCAGCUUCAACCCCUUAUCUGGGGUCUAGUCACGGGGGCAGCAUUCUGAGCAGAGAACCCAAGACUGCUCUCUUCCCAGUCACUUGGUCCAGUUCUUCCCGAAGGACCCCGAAGCGUUCCCUGGCCAGCUGAGAGACAUAGUCUCUCCUGCAUGUCCAUGGUCUUUCCCACGGUCUCCUGCUGGUGGGAUGUGCCCUGAAUGCCUCACCUGCAAGGCAUCCAGGAGACAUCCUGAUUAGAUGCCCAAGCCUCCUCAUCUGACUCCUCUCAACGCAGAGGAGCAGCGGCUCUACUCCAAACCCCUCCUGAAUGACAGAGCUUCUUACCCUAUCUCUAAAGUAGAGCCCAGCCACCCUGCGGAGGAAGCUCAUUUCAGCCACUUGUACUCACGAUCUUGUCCUUUCGGUCACUACCCACAGCUCGUGACCAUAGGUGAGGGUAGGAACGUAGCUCGACCCAUUUAUCGAGAGCUUUGCCUUUCGGCUCAGCUCCUUCUUCACCAUGACAGAUCUGUGUAGCGCCCGCAUCACUGCUGACGCCGCACUGAUCCGCCUGUCGAUCUCCCAAUUCAUUCUUCCCUCACUCAUGAACAAGACCCAGAGAUACUUAAACUCCUCUACGUAGGCAGGAUCUUGUUUCCAACCCAGAGAGGACACUCUACCUUUUCCCGGUUGAGAACCAUGGACUCAGAUUUGGAGGUGCUGAUUCUCAUCCCAGCCACUUCACACUUGGCUGCGAAAAGGUCAUGGCUUGAUGAAGCCAACUUAAGAUUUCCAGUAGUUUACCCAACCAGACUCCUGGAGUUCUUCAGUUUAGCUGCUCAGGAGGAAGUGCUGAUUCAAGACAGGCAGGAUCAGCAGCCAUGAGUGAAAUCAGUAUCAACAUCCAGGUCUUUACUUACCUUAGUCAAAAGUCCACCUGAAGUUCUCCAUGUUUCCUGAUUUCUUUAGGUGGUUUGGACCCAAUCCUGAGAGGUCUGGUGGGUCGCAGAGCAAAGCUGAACACACAGGAUCACAUGAUGCACGACGAGCUGAGGGAGAGGCUGUUUGAGUUCUCCAAAGAGCUGGCUCUGGACCUCGCCUCGCUCAACAUGCAGAGAGGCAGAGACCACGGUCUCCCAGGUAUGACUUUUAUCUAGUUCUUCAGUUCACUACACUGUUUUGUAGAUUUUUAUCCCAAAAUGCACCAAAAAAUUGAAGACAUUGCCGCAUUUUCACCCUGUGCGUCCCUAUUAAGGCUACAACAAAUGGCGAAAGUUCUGUGGACUGUCAGAACCAAAAAAUCGGAGACAGCUGAGAAAAGUUUUGGAAAAUAGACAACUGGCCAGGAGCCUGCUGGAUCUGUACGGCACACCGAAAAACAUUGAUGUGUGGGUGGGGGGAGUGGCAGAGCCGUUUGUCCCUGGAGGGAGAGUGGGACCCCUGUUCGCCUGUCUGAUCGCCACUCAGUUCCAAAGGAUCCGCCAGGGGGACCGGUGAGUAGACCAGGAGGAGAACUUUACAGUACAUGUGCAGUUAAUAUAUCGACAGCUGUGUUCGACAAACUUUUAACACAAAAUCUGUUUAUUCCAGACUUUGGUGGGAGAAUGAGGGAGUGUUCAGUGAAGCCCAAAGAGAGUCCCUGAAGCAGACGUCACUUUCCCGCAUCAUCUGUGACAACACCGGUAUCACCAGGGUACCAGAGAAGCCCUUCCAGUUCACAUCGAGCAGGUUCUUCACUGAAUGUGCAAAUAUUCCCGCCUUUGACCUCAGCCCAUGGAAGGAGGAAAUCGAGUGAAAAAAAAAACUAAAGCUGUCUGACUGAUCGGUGAAAACUUCAUGUGUAGGAGUUUAGGGGCCAGGAACGAAUUCAAACUUGGAGGAGGAUUUUUAAAGAAUAAAAAACAAGAAUAAAGUUGAAAUUUGCAGGAAAAAAACUGGAUUUCAGUCCUAAAUUUUCAACUUUAUUCUCCAUGUUUUUACUUUUCUCUCAGAAGUGCUUAAUAUUUUAAAUAACUCCUCUUUUUCUUUUUUUAGCUCCUUCUUGGUCCUAAUACUUCUGUACACAUGAGUGCCAGCUAUCAGGAGACAUGUUUUAACAUGAGGGAUUGAAUCACCUGUAAAAACUCUAAUAAUUUUUAAACUUUGUGAACUGAAAGAUGUGAAUAUUUAAAAAAGAACAUGUGGGGCAUUUUCUUCGCCUUAUGAAUUUACAAAAUUUCUGCAAUAAAUUGUUGUUACUCUACUCAGUUCUCAGUCUGUAUUUAACAAUUUCUGAUGUACCUCAGAGAUGCAAAAAAAGAGGCAAAUACCAGACUGCUAAAAGGGUUAUAACAUUAAAGUUAUAACAUUGUGAAUUAACUUUAUCAAAAUGUGUUCAACAUCUAUCAACUCAUUUGAUCCUGCUUUGUAUCAGCUUUGCAAACGGUUGAUGAGAUUAAUUAAAAACUCAACUCAACUUUAUUUAUGGAUCACUUUAAAUACAACCAAAGCUGACACAAAGUGCUGUACAUAAUAACAUAAAAACAUAAAACAACAAUAAAUACUUGUAUUAAAAUAUAAUAAAAAGCAAUAAAACAAUAAAACGCCGUCUCAUGCUGGGUCAAAAGUCAAGGAAUAAAAGUGGGUUUUUAGACGGGUUAAACUCGUGCAAAUAAGGAUUAAAAUAUGUGUUGAAAGAUGUUCCAGAGCAACUUUCAUCCAAACCAAUCGAUGUAAAUGCAGAUAUAAGCAGAGCUAAAGCUUUAUCACUACAGUUUGAUGUGCUUUUUAGUCUUUACGUGCAUGGGAACAAGAGCUGCACGAUUAAAUACAGUUACAAAGUGAUCAUAUGAGCAUCUCCAAAAAACUCACUGCAGUACAACUGCAUGAACAAAUAAUGUAAAGUGCAAACAUGGGUACUGUACAAAACAUGGUUCUCAGCAGAUAAAUAUAAAAACUAAGAAUUAGAUGAAGUCGAGCUUGUGAUCAUUGCAGUAUUUGCGAUUGUUGUUGCCGAUUUUUUCACGCCGUGCUUUUUCAAGUCUCUUAGUACAUCAAAAAGCCUCCUUACCUGCAUGCACUCCGCCCAUGCAGAGAUUGUUUAAUGAAGAGUCUUCUACAAGUUAAACCAGUGAGCUGGUGGUGCAGGGAUGGAAAACAAAGGUAGCUGAAUAAAGUUUGAAAUUCCAAACAAAGCUUAUAAUCCCUGCAACACUGCUGAGAAGGCAGCAUGUUUCUAGAGAGACUCUCCGGCUUCAAUUUAAGAGGCAAAAUCCAGCAUAUAGGGCAGACCGGGGCUUGUUGUCACACUUUUUACACUCUUAUAUAUUUUAUGGAAUCAAUGCAUCAUAUAUUAACAAAGUUUGUACCAGAUGAAGAACAAAAGUCUCAGGUUUAUAUUUCGUGUUCAUGUCAUUUUCAUAUCUUGUGUCAGUGCAGAAUUAUUAGUAAUCAAAUAGAGAGUGUGAACAUGUGACAUGUUGACCCCCCAUCGGGUAAGUUGUCUCACUACAUGGGGUAAGAUGUCACAGUGGAUCUUACAGCUAAUAAAACAAGGACAAAAUAAUUGUUGUUCUCAUUUUUUUUUACUUGAAAGUGAACAUCAAAGUCAGACACAGAAAAUGUUUAUCAUUGAUUUAGAAAAAGUCUUUGAACAAACGUUAACAUAAAAUAUUACUCAACAUGCUCUGGAGUUUGGAGAGCUGUUUGACUCUGUAUUUUGGCUGGGCUGGAUAUUUUUGCAGUACCGAGCCAAGGUAUGUUAGUUGACAUUAAAGACGUUUAUUGUACUCCAGAUUGAUUUAUUAGCAAGGUUCACCUGUCAGACUGUCCUCAGUAUCACGUCAGGUACUGCACUGACAUGUUCAGUUUUUCUUUUGUAAUUCCUGACCAUGUUUUCUCACUUUCUCCCCUCCUUUAAACCACUUUGUUCUCUGUAAAAAUAAAGUCAACAUUUUAAUUUGACAACUGCCGAUAAACAGACUCUCUAUGUUAAUUUUAAUCCCUUUUAAACACGUGAUAACUACCCCAAAAUGACUGAGACGUUUUUGCCCCAAACAACCAUGUCUGCUAAUCAAAGCUCUAGUUUAAAGUUAUCUUAAAACAGAACAAUGACUGAGGUAUGACAGGAUGCCUUAAUCUCUCCUCUAACAAGUCGACAUCUUUCACUGCUAGGAUUUUAAUCUGGAAGAAGCUUAUUUUAAAAUAUAUGAAGUUAAUUUUCUUUACUUUGGGUUGUGCAAAAUGGUUUAUUGGCGUUCUCUUCUUAGACAGGAUACAACCCCUGAUCAUGUACAGGAAUAAAACUAGGAUUCCACUUUUUAGUUGCACCCUCUGGUGGCAAAAAUAACUGUGAUGUGACAACUUACCCAAGUGACAACAAGCCCCGGUCCUCCCUAUAUCAGCAUAUCCUGCAUGCAGUUUGAAAUGUGUGUCUUCAAAUGCAAAUGCUGCAUGGAAAUGGGGUUUAAAUGGCACUAAAUCACAUCAAUUAAAAUCCAGAUAUUAGCAACUACUAAUAAAAUGGAAAAGUUAAUAAUGAUACUUUGGAAGAAGUCGUUGCAGUCGUUUUCACGGGAAAAGUCUCGCCGCGUAAAAGGGCUAAAAGAGUGUGUCGUCUGCUUAUGCGCAACAGACUUUUACGCACGGUUUGGAGGUCGAUCGUGACUGUCUGGAUCUAGACUCUAAUGAUAAAAUAAAAUAAGAUGAUCUCUUUUGAAUCCAACACACGAGGAAAAUCUUCAGUGGCAGCUGAAUCACACAGAUAACAAUAAUAAUAACACACUUUUCUCCGUUUGGUGAUUUUAUUGUUCAGUUUAGGCGCAAAGAGUCACUUGGUCAUCUCAGCUGCUUUGUUCUUUAUUUUAUGUAAUAAGAUCAUAUCAGGUUAAUGCAACUUUAACAAACCAUCAACCAAUUUCACUUUAAAUAUUAUAUUUCUUUACAUUUUAUCAGAACUUCAUUAUUAGACCAGUGUUGUUGCUGUUGUUUUUUUCAAGCAUAUUUACCGGUUGAAUGUUUAAUCUCCGCGUGUUUACGGUAGGUGAGCUCAUUUCUGGUCAUGGUCAACAUAAAACUUGAUUUUCUUUUUGGUUUCUUUUAGUACAGGAAGUUCAUUUCUUUUUUGCUUGUCACGCAAACUGCAUCUUCAUUCCAUGACUUUCUGAAAAUCCCGCAAAUAUUUCCAACCAAGGAACUAGUUUGGGACAUACCUGUCAUUGUUGAACUACCUGUUGUUUGUUCAACAUAUUGUUACCGCUGCUGAGAUAUUCAGCCGGACAGGAAAUUAGUCCACCUUGUAAACAUAAUGACUGUAAGUAUUAGAACAGAAAAAAACAGGCCAAUGAUGAAGUAGGUUUACUGUCCCUGCACGUUUGUCUGACGUGCAUGCACAGUAUCUUUGAGUGUGAUUUAAGAUUAAAGAAAAUGAAUAAUAAAAACAACAGUUAGGCAUAAAUUCGUGUUAAAACGGCGUCCUUAUUGUGGUCCAAAUGUUUGAACCGAUGAAAUGCAAAAAAAAAGAAAGAUUAUCAUCUGAGAAAAAUAAGAAAUAAAAAUAAGAAAUGAGGGUCAGCGAACCCCAAAAUAAAAAAAGCAAAAUAAUCAUUUCACCAAGAACAAAAACUCUAUUUUAAAAAAUUAUCUGAGGUAUUUUUCUCUCUCUAUGGUUUGCACAAAAAUAUGUCGAGACUUCGGAGGUCAGAGAGGACAUAUCUCUCUGUUCUCGUCUGAAGCUGCGAAACAGGCCCGAGAUGAUUUGUGAAGUUAUGAGGAAGAAAACAUUUAUUUACCCAUAACUUCAGCCAAAUUCCGGGCACGAAUGUCAGAUUAGGGCGUCACCUUUGAUCUCAGCCUUAUAAAUACCAAGCGAGUAAAGAGAGGAGUGCAGAGCUGACAUGUUCAGAGUGGAUGAAAGUUCAUUCAAGGCCAGGAGCUUCCACGGAUUUCUCUUCAUCUGUUAACUUAUUCUUUGUUUGUACUAGAUCAUUUAUAAAUCCUCGCAAAUUCAAACAAAUACCGGAAUUUUAACUCAGUCUAGAUCCGGGCAACACGAGUCGUUUUUUCCUUCUUUUUAUCCGGAGGAGUGUCGCCUUGUUCCGCAGAGAUGCAGCCGUUUCUGCCCCUGCUGCUGGCCCUGGGACUUUACGUGUCCUUCCAAGUUCAUGCCGGUGAGUACCUCAUUUAACUUUUUAUUAAUAGCCUGACAAGUUGUGGUUGAAGGUGUAUUCAUUGUGUGACAAAAUAAGGAUAAAUCAACUACAUUUAUUCGGAUAUUCAGAUAUGAAUUCAUAUUUUUCGAUAGAAUAUUGUAGCUGCUUGUAUGACAUGAAUCAAAAUAAAAAACGAUCAAUCCAUUUAUUCAAAGAUACAACAGUGAAAAAUAAAACCCUGCCCUUUUCUCUCCAGAGCUCCAACUGAGCAGAAGAGCGAUUGAAGAGGCUGUGAUUUCAGCCAAAGCCAACGUCGACUCAGCUUACACCUAUUCCCGAAGAGUGUGAGUUUAACCACCUGAUUGUUCACAGCUUAACCUCUCCGUAAGACAGGGGCUGAAAGCAGGUGUUGACAUGCGCUCUCCACAUCACACAGGUCCAUUGAGCGCGUCAAAAGGAAAGCUGCGAGCCCCGCGGACAUCCACCGCUUGGAGAAGCAGCCUGCAGGUGCUGCGCGUGUGGCUGUGCGCGUGGCUGACUAUAUGGAGUAUGCGAUCACUUUACUCCAAGGUUUGAAGGCAAGACGGCAGAAACGCUCCAUUAAUGCAACAGGUGAGUAACCUGCGCAGCUUUCCACAGAGUCCCUGAAAACAUUUACGCGUGUUGGCUCCAGCUGAGUCGAUGACUUUUUUUGUUCUUUUCUUUAAGAUUUGCUCACUGAAGAGGAGCUGCAGGUCUUAUCCGAUCUGACAGGCUGCACUGCCAGGCAACGCCCCAUCGACUGCAGGACGACCCCCAAUAGGGACAGGUUUCGCACAGCAAGCAGCGUCUGCAACAACAGGUGAGGCAGUUACUGACAAUCUCUGCGCCAUUUCACUGAUAACUUUGUUGUAUGACAGUCAAUCUCUAAACUGAAUGCCUGAUAUGAGUUGUUUAUUGCAUGUCCCUUAAACCAGUGGUUCUCAACUGGUGGGUCCCGACCCAUAAGGGGGUCGUGGACACGUUCUGGAUGGGUCGCGAAAAGCUGGUCAAAAAAAGUAAAUAUUUAAAGCGCAUCUGAUGUUUGAAAUGUCUUUUAUUUUGAAAAAAGCUUCUUUUGAGCGUUAUGUUGUGGUCCUCUUCGGUUUCUUAUUAAUGUGGCCUGAAUGCGGGAAAGUGACACGUUUUUUUAUGGUCUUUAUUUUGUGCAAUUUGAUGUUUAUUCACUUUUGUCCAUGCUGUUGCACGGUCCUCCUCAGGAUGCAAAUAAGUCAAAUUUUUCAUUUUGCUGGUCUCCAUUUUGUGCAAUUUGAUAUUUUCUGUACAUGAAACUUCAGUUGUUGUCGUCUUCAGUUCAUGUGCUCUGACAUGCACUUUACUCGAUAAAAUGGGUGUAUUUAUGUCAAAGAUUUGAGUCUUUAAAGUUUUUUUUUACAAGAAAUAAAUUUGAUUGGUUUGGACCAUGGGAGAAAGUGGGUCCCAGAGUGAGACCAGUUGAGAACCACUGCCUUAAACCUGUUACUAACAUAGCUUUUUACUCAAAGAAAUGAAGGGUACAAUCAUUGACUUAUUUUUAUUGCACAGGGAAAACACACGAUGGGGAUCCUCCAGUAUACCCUUUGUUCGCUGGCUCCCUGCCGAGUACCAGGACGGAAUAUCUGAGCCAAAAGGAUGGGACCCUGAACGGGAAAUCAACGGCCAUGUCCUCCCUCCAGUGAGAAACCUUUUUUAUAUUUCUAUGUCUCAAAUAUCUAUGUGAGAGAGAUGAUUGUAGCUUUACAGAAUCUCUUUCUUUGUAUGUUAUAUGAAUUCAUUGUUCUCCACCUGAGAGAGCUCUUCAGGAGACUAAGAAAUAUCACAGAACUGAAGAAUUUACAUUCAAAGAGGUUGUCCUGAAUUUUCUUCAUCCUGCCUCCAGGUGAGAGAGGUCUCCAACGAGAUUCUGAGUACAGCAAACUCUGAUGUUGACGGUGAUUCUCUUUACACUCACCUGUUAACAAUCUGGGGCCAGCUGAUGGACCACGAUAUAACUUUCACACCUCACUCUCCUGCUGUGCGGCCAUUUGUUGGAGGCGUUGACUGCGAAGUGAGCUGUGAACGCAUUGAACCGUGCUUUCCUAUUGAGGUGAGUGUAAGCGUGUUGUCGCUACAAGAACGGUGUCAGAAUAUUUGGACUUAAAUAUUCUAAGUGCUGCUUUUUCAUGUCAACAGAUCCCAGAUGGCGACCCACGCUUUGGCUCAAACUCAGGACAGUGCAUUCCCUUUUUUCGCUCAGCACCAGCUUGUGGUUCCGGCCACACUGGCAGCAUAUUUGGUGCAAGCACAGUCCGCAGACAGAUGAACGGAAUCACUGCUUUCAUUGAUGGGAGCGAGGUGUAUGGUUCAGAUGAGUCCAGCGCUCAGAACCUCAGAGAUCUCACCACAGAUGAAGGGCUGUUAAAAGUCAACGACAUGUAUACAGAUGAUGGCCGAGAGUUGCUUCCUUUCAGCAGCUCAGAUGGCAAAAAGGGUGCAAACAUGUGUGCCAGCCGAGCUAGGAUCACCAAUGACAGCAGCGCAGAAGAGGUUCCCUGUUUUAUAGCUGGUAAGUUGCAGUUAUGAAGGCUGAAAACAGAUCAGUUUCAUCAUUGCACCAGGCUUAUAACGUUUCCCUUCUCAUUUCGUGACUCUCAGGUGACGGGCGUGCCAACGAGAACAUCGGCCUGUUAUCUCUGCAAACACUUUUAGUGCGUGAACACAACCGUCUGGCCCGUGCUCUGGCUGAACUCAACCCUCACUGGGGGGGAGAGAGAAUCUACCAGGAGGCACGCAAGAUCGUUGCCGCAUACCUCCAGGUAAGAGAGGGCCUUACAACAUGAAUUCCAGAAACAUUUUAUCAGUGACCGAAGAGAUGGGUGGGCUGACCCUGUAUGGUUCAGUUGACUCAGUUUAUGUUUUUGUCAAUCAGGUUAUCACUUACCGUGACUACUUGCCCCUAAUUGUUGGACCAGAUGUCACUGCCAAGUACCUUUCCACCUACCCUGGCUAUGAUGAGGAGACCGACCCCAGCAUCGCUAACGUGUUUGCCACAGCUGCCUACAGGUUUGCACAUCUGAUGGUUCAGCCAUUCAUGUUUCGCCUUGAUGAAGAGUACAACGAACACCCUGAGUACCCGAGCCCACUGCUGCACAAAGCCUUCUUCGCACCAUGGCGGAUCCUCUUUGAAGGUACGGCUGAGAUCUUCAACUUUUUAUAGUAGCCUCAUUGUGCUUAAUGAAUUCCACUUUACCAUGAAGGACAUGAUAGCAAGAAGAAAACAUGCUUGGACAACCGACUCGCGCUAAUCGUGUGGUGCUUGUUGUUACACCUUUGCUCCUCAGGUGGUGUGGACCCAAUUUUGAGAGGUCUGGUUGGUAGAGAGGCAAAGCUAAACACACAGGAGCACAUGAUGCACGAUGAGUUAAGGGAGAAGCUAUUCCAGUUUACCGCCAAGUUGGCCCUUGACCUUGGCUCUCUCAACAUGCAGAGGGGCCGUGACCAUGGACUCCCAGGUAUACUUGGACUUUAAUACUUUCCUCAAAUUUUGCUUGACUGAAUUGGCGACUAACACUGUAGAUCUGUAACCAAACACAUAUUAACACCUCAAUCCCAAAACCCCUUUUCGUAACACAUUUACAUUCUUGAUGUUCACAACCCUUUUUGUCCUUUUUUAGGUUAUUCCAAAUGGAGGGAGUUUUGCGACCUGUCCGUACCAGAGGAUGUUGAUGAGCUGGGUGAAGUUAUGGGCAAUCCUGAUCUUGCUGCGAAGUUAAUGAGUCUCUACGGUACGCCCGAAAACAUUGACGUGUGGCUGGGAGGGGUGUCAGAGCCAUUUGUGAACGGAGGGAGAGUGGGACCUCUGUUUGCCUGCCUGAUUGCUAAGCAGUUCCAGAAGCUUCGCCAAGGUGACCGGUAAGCAGAAAAGAGGAAGGAGUGAAGUCGCGUUAGUGACAAACAUCUACAAAAUUGUAGAAAUAGCUGUGUAAUCGCACCAUUACAUCCAUUUUGACGUUCAAAGACUUAAACUCUACCGAACCUUUGAAUUUCAGAUUCUGGUGGGAGAAUGAUGGGGUCUUCACUGAGGCCCAAAAAUACUCACUGAGGGGAAUGUCAUUGUCAAAAAUUAUCUGUGACAACACAAAAAUCACCAAAAUACCAAGGAACCCUUUUCUGUACAGUCCACAAGUGAAUAGUUACACUCUGUGCGAGGACAUACCUGCCCUUGACCUCAGACCGUGGACGGAGACUGGUAAGUCAUUGUGCUAAAACCUUCUUUUCUUCCAUUAGUGCCAAUGUAAAUAUAUAUACAAACUGACCCUGAAACAGAAGGAAAGUCAACUCCUUCCUGAGCUGCUAUCUGUGAAAUUCUCUAUUGAUUUUGCUUCAUAAUGCUGCGGUAGAAAGGAUUUUGCGCUCUAACACUCAUAUCUUUGAUUUCUUUAGUCUCACCUGAUACAAUGGAUCCUAGUUAUGAAGACCACCAUGAUGGUUAUGGCCCCCGGGGACCUCCUGGACCUCCUGGACCUCCUGGACAAUCAUAUGCCAGGAAGUUUGUUGCCUUUUCUGUGCAAUUGGGUAACGACUCGCCCACAUCUAGAGAUCCUGUCAUGUUCCGUACGCCCAUUUACAACGAGCAGAACAGUUAUGAUAUCAGAACCGGCUAUUUCACCUGCCAGGAACCAGGAGUUUACGAGUUCACGUUCAACUGCAUCAUCAGCAAUGCUGUUUCUUCUCUGGAUCUUGUACGUAACGGUAAACGGAUCGUGCACUCAUUCACCACCGUCACAAGAGAAACCACAGUAGCCAGUGGCCAUGUGUAUGUUAGGCUUGACCUUGGAGACAGGGUGUGGUUGACGGCCCCAGAGGGUACUCUAGGCUUGUCUUCUGACAGCAUUCUAUCAGGGCAGCUGGUCUACACUGCGUAA